CAACAGUGGUGAAAACAGGAAACAAGCAUACGCAGAUCUAGACGAGUUCACAGACCGCAGGGCCAGCUAAAAGAGAGAAAAAACAAACAUCAGUGCUGUUCAUUGACGAACUUACAGGAAGCACACACAGUUACAUGUUUGAAGGAGGAAGUGUUGGUGGUGGAUGACAGAAGCUUACCCCAUCCUCUUGCGGCUCCACGUAAAGCUCAUCUCCAAUUCGGGACAAGGAGUGGACAGCUUUGGCCAGCACUUCACCGUUCACAGAAGACAGGGUAUUGAAGCCAAACCACUGGCAUACCAGUCGUAGUUGAAGAAGAUGGACAUGUUUUUCUAACUGAGAUGUCUCAAGCACAUAAUCCAAGAGACAACCAGGCCUUACUGCAGUCCAUGUUGCAGAGGUUGAAGCUUCAAGCCGGGGCCACAAAUAUUCAGUCUGGACAAAACACAACAGCGGGACAACACAUACACAGUGAAACAAAUGUGAACAACAGCCCUAUGAAUGGAUUUGAACCAACGGACAAUAGAAAAACUGAACUUACUGUGAAUGGAAAACUGCAGAAUCUGGAGUAUUCCUCUGGAGACAGUGGAGCCUCAGGUCACAGCCAGGACCGUGAAAAGGGCUCCCAAAUUCCGCAACGCUUUUUAACAAAAUCUGUUUAUGCUGCUGCACCUCCUGUUUCCUCUGAAGGAAAUCUUAACCUUUCCAAUUCUGACAUAAAGGGCAUAUCCCACAGUCCAAGCACAGAUGAAAAAAAGGACAAGGACAGUGGCUUUGUGCCUAAAGUUUACAAAUGGUCCAUACAGAACACAGAGGCCCAAAAUAAUAAAGUGUCGUUUGAGGGAGUACAAGGAGCGACCGGACAAAAUGCACAGACUGUAACUAACAACCAAAACACAACAAGCAGAAAACAGCGAUCAUCUGAGAAUAAAACUUACAAAUGGACUCAAAAAAUAAAGGAGAAAUGGAGAGAUAGGCCAGGGAGUUUUGGCAAAAAAGAUAGACUCGGUGACACGGUUACACAAGAGAAUUCACGUCAACACCAGCAAUCCACACUUUUCUAUGUGCCUUCAGUAGAAGAGCCCAGAGGCACCCCCACACUUGAGGACAGAACAGAUCACGUUCAGAUUCAGACAUCAAAUGGCAAUGAUGAAUCAAUGAGAUCUACAACUGAGUUUGAUCUUGGCCUUGGCUCAUUCAGUCUACUGGAUGAAAUUGUCAGUGGUCAAGAAUGGGCCAAGUUCUUAAAUCCAGUCUCUGCAUCAGUUCAACAGGGACCAUCACAAGAGACUAUGGACCGAACAUUAACCAGUUACCAAGGUGAAAAGUCAGGAAUUAAGUCAAUGCUGAAUGAACGUCAUGUUGGAACUAACACAAAUAUAUUAGGGAAAAGCAGAGAGGCAUCAGACAGAGACAUUGCCAUGACACAGGUGUCUCCUGAGCCUCCAUCACACAUCAGCAUGGAUAUAACAGCACAAACACAGUUAGAGCCAAUGGACCAUGGGCAGAGCCAGUCAGACAUGCAAGUUACAGCCAGUGUUGAUCAGCCACAGCGACAGCAUUCUACCAAGACAGAGGUAAAUACAAUGGAUAAAUCAUCACUGAGAGACCGACUGAGCCUCAGCAGAAAGAGACAGCACCAGUCAUAUGAAAUCAUACAAGCGAAGUUCCAACGAGUUGCAAUUAAUGGAAACGACAUUGUAGAUGAUGGAUCUGUAUUUUUGCCAGAUAACCAUGUGAUGCACAACACAGAUGGGAGACUCAUGUCUUUUUUUCCAUCCCCGACCAAACCCAGCUUACCUGUUCCUCGAGGUGUUCUCAAAUCAACAAUUUCCUGUGAUUCAAAUUACUCAGUGGGAACUGUAGUCAAAAAGCGGCGCAUGGACGUGACCCGGCACGUGCAUUUCUCAGAGGAGAUUAUUGCCAUCGAUCCUCCAGAGCUGGGUCCAGAUAUGUUUGAGUCUGAGGAGGAAGAGGAGGAACAGCGGGAAGAGGAGGAGGAUGAAGAAGACGACUCUUUCCUAGAGGAGGACAGUGAGGAGCUCUCAGAGCCAACAUUUUUUGGACCAGUCAGACCCGAGCAGGUGGCACCAUCCAGACGAUCUGCUUUACCCGCCUGGAUACGGGCGCUCAAAAGAAAGAAGAAAAAAGAAAGAAAAAAGCCCAGAUAGUGACACUUCUGCAUGAACGCUCCUUUGUAAGUAUGUAACACUAUAGAAUAAAUCCUACUAUAAUUUGAAUAAUUUAGGUGUUAUUAUUAAAGAUGGAUUAUGUAACUUUUCUGGUGGAGGGCCAGGCACCUGCUUGUCUCCAUGAAGAGGUUAUUGCUUUGCUUGCAAUAUUCCACACUAUGGUAUUACAUUCAUGUUGUUUUUUGUUUUUUUUUUUACAAUAAAACACUUAUUAUUAAGUUAAUGCAAGCAGAUAAGUUUAAUGCCAUACUUUGAAACAUUCCAGGCUAAUCAAUAACGUUUUCAUGGAGACAGCAGGUGGCAGAACCUCCACCACAAAAGGUACAUAGUGCACCUUUAAAGCAUUUCUUCACCUUAUAAACUUGUUUCAUAACCAUCAGUGCAUUUGAUAUUUUAAAAUCAAUGCAAACUUAUAUCAGUGAAUGUGUUUGUUUAUUUAGAUAUGAAUCAUUAUAUAUAAUCUAACCCACUGGUACAGUUAAACAGAUGUGAGUUAUUCUAAAGUGUUACCAUAUAGUGUAGUCCGCUCCUCACACUUCAGUCUGUUCAGUGAAAGAGACAGAGUGAAUCCUGCAAAUGCUUCACAUUAUCACGCAUUAUGUUCAUUUCUUUGAUUGAAUUUACUGUCCUUUUUAGAGUUUUCAUCUAUUGUACCACUGAAGCUUAGUCUCUGCAGACAUGCAGACAUAUGCAGACAUAUUAGUGCCUUGAACGAAAGUGAGCAGAAUAUUCAAUAUUAAAAACAUUAAGAAAAGAAUCUGUAAAAUGUAAUGUUUUGUGUAAAAAAUAAAUAUAUUUUAUAGU